AUGUUCGGUGUGACAGAGGCGUGCAUUUCUCAGUUCCUAAAGCGUCGGAAAGCUCAAGAUGGCUCUACGAAGAGCCAACGCACUGGAAGAGCACGUGUCACUGGUCGUGAUGACGAUAGAAACAUUUUGAAGACGUCCAGAACCAAUCCAAAACUCACCGCCCCUGCGAUCAGACGGGAAUUUUUCUUGAAUUCGCCAUCUCCGCCAUCCGUCUCGACCGUGAAACGACGUCUGAAUGCUGCUGGAAUCAUGGGAAGACGUCCAGUGAAGAAACCGCUGAUUCCUGAAAAGAAUCGAGCCGCCAGGGUGAAGUAAGCGAAGGAGCAUCUCAACUGGACCCGUCAAGACUGGAACAAGAUUCUGUGGUCCGACGAAAGCAAGUUCCUCCUCUUCGGGAGUGACGGAAUUCAGUGGGUUCGUGGACCAAUUGAGUCCAGAUAUCAUCCAAAAUACCAAUUACCCACUGUGAAACAUGGUGGAGGACCGUUUCGUCGGACCACAGAAUCUUGUUCCAGUCUUGACGGGUCCACGCGAGAUGCUCCUUCGCCCACUUCACCCUGGCGGCUCGAUUCUUUUCAGAAAUCAGCGGUUUCUUCACUGGACGUCUUCCCAUGAUUCCAGCAGCAUUCAGACGUCGUUUCACGGUCGAGACGGAUGGCGGAGAUGGCGAGAUUCAGAAAAAUUCCCGUCUGAUCGCAGGGGGCGGUGAGUUUUGGAUUGGUUCUAGACGUCUUCAAAACGUUUCUAUCGUCAGUACGACCAGUGCACGUGGUCUUCCAGUGCGUUAGUAAACCAUCUGCAACUCCGACGCUGAAAACUGACGCAUCACGCCAGCCAUUCCAGUCAUCGAUCAUCAUCGACGACCCAACUGUCGUUAUCGGUCAAAACUGCCCUCAGAGGUUCUUCCAUGUAUGAAAACAGCAUGGCAAUUGCACAAAGAGCGAUAAAAAAUAAAAGAAUAAAAAGCAUAUAAAAGUGAAUUCAAUAAAAAUGCUACAAAAGUCAUGCGACACUGAUACCAUCUUUUCAAAGUAUGUACAUUAUCCCUGUAUAAACUCGGAUAAGUCGCUGAAUAUCAAAGCAAAACUUACGACAGUACUACAUCAGAGUGUUCUGACCAAUUUUCCGAAAAAUCCCAACCGCAAAGUUAAAUUACCCUUCUACUGGGAGCUUAUUGGACUAUAUACCUUAUAAUUCCUUGUAACUUCCUUAAAACAAGCUUGCACAAAAAGACACCAAAAAGUGACCGAUUUGGCCAUUCCAGACAAUGUUUUUUUCUCUCACAUAUAAUUUCAGACCUACGCGUCACUUAUCCCAUUCAUUGUCACGGAUCCAUGCAAGCUCCUAAUCCCACGAACUUUAUUCAUUAUUAUCCAUGUACCUCUUCUCUACGGUGUUUUCGGGUCUUCAUUCAUUAUGAUCGGGAUGAUGAUCGAAAGGAUUGUCGCUUUGGUUUAUCAUAGGGAUUACGAGCGUUGGAGGACCUUACUGGGUCCUUUUUUGGCUGCUGCAGCGGUGGGUUUUUAUUUUGGAAAAAAAGCAUGUGCGCACCAUGGAUAAAAAUGUCACUUUUCUCGAGAAAUUCUCGAAAAAACCGUUUCAGAUAACGCGGCGCUUUUGUCUGACGACGCUUCACCCAUAUAUAGUCCGUAAAGUGUAGUGUUUCGUGUGCAUACACUGGGAAUUUUCGAGACUCAGUUAUAUUUUUUUUUCUCUGGCGGCUAUUUUGAACUUCGCGGAAUCACUUUGAAAACGACAAUAGAAAAAAAAAGAAAUCAAUUCGUCUCAUGACCCGUUGAACAUGCGCCUUUAAUAUCCUUUUUAUUUUACUUGUUUCCCAUGACGUCACAUUGGAACGGCGGUGGUUUUGACUCCGCCACCUUCAUUUUUGGUUUCGCAUUUUCUUUCAGUAUCAAAAACGCCGUGGUAAAAAGUUAUGCGCUAUCAAUUUUCCACCGUAAAAAUUCAAAAAAGCUUGGUUACAAAGAGAUUUUUUUGCUCCAUGGAUAAAAGAAAAACGAGAAAGUUUCGUGAUCCAAGUUCGAAAACACAUUUACAGACUUCCUGUGGAAUAUUAAUAACUGUUUAUCCCUAUCAUAACGAACAAUUCACCGCAAAGCAAGUUUCCUUCAUUGCCACGCCGGGUUCGGCAGCAGAAAAGGUAUUUUUUCAAAUAUUUUUGGUCGCACUUGGAAUGACUCCAUUGGAUCUCUUUGUGAGAACCGUCCCGACCAUGAGGCCAAAGAGUUCUCUUCCAAAUUUAAUAUAUUAAAAUUCAGAUAAAUAUAAUCUUCAUACUUAGUGUCUGUGUGGGUGUCGUCAGUUUGAUUGGGAACUUGUUUUUAUUUUUCGCAACUCGGAAAUUUGAGAAAGAGUAAGUUUUUUUUUUUCAUUAAACAGGUACGGUGAAAAAAACUUCGCCUAAAAACCACAUUUUAUGAAACUAAGCGUAUAUUUUUUUCUACAUGUAACUAGCAACGUUCCAGCAGAAUAAGCGCGAAAAUUAAUUUAAAAUAAACAUAGUUAUACUUAAAAAUGCUAUGAAAACAGUGAAAAAACAACUUACGAAAACAACCGCCAAAGAUUUCGAAUCGAAUCCAAUCACUUGAGGGAAACUUGAUGAUAUCAUAGUCAUCAACCUCUUCAUUUUGCUUUCCCUUGAUUCCUGAAAAAUAUAACUUAAUUUCAACGCUAUAUCUCUUUCUCAAAAUGCUAUAAGAACUGAAAAAACUAAUAUUCAAUGAUUUUAUACUUUCAAUAAAUUCAGAAGGAAUUUUCGUUGAAAAUUUCAACUCUUUUACUCAAAAAAAAAAACGAGCUUUAUGCUGCAAAAACCGAUGGAGCUUUUUAAAAAUACUACCUUGAGAAACUUAAAACAGAAAAUAACUGAAAAAAACCACAUUGAAAAAUAGUGAAAAAAAUAAAAGAAAAAAACGAAGUGAAUAAAAAAAGAAAUUAUGUUGAUCGAACACUGGGUCUCGAGCGGAGACACUGCAAUUUGGCAGAGCAACUUGCGCCUUUAAUAAGGAUUUCGCCUUUUUUUGCAAUUUUUGCAAUUUUUGUUGAUUUUUGAUUUUAAAAGUUUUUCACGCUCUGUUAGUUUCUUAAUAGGCUCAGUGUCAGAUUAGUAAUUUAUUUAAGGGGUGAACAGUUUUCAAGUGGAUUCAAUUUUCGAUAAGACUAUUUUUUAAUUUUGCUUUAAAAAAGUUCUUGAAUGCACACAAAGUGAACAAAUUCUUGCUCAAAUUGAACAUUUUUAACUUUUAUUAACAAUUUAUUAGACAAAAACCCUUUUUUUUUUAAAACAUCCCCACUUCAAAACCGUCCGAAUAUUCCAAUUUCCAGUGUUUUGAAACUUAUAAAUUUCAUGGCCUGUUUUUUUUGUCAUUUUUGCAGGUUCUAGGAAUUGUUCCAACUUCCUUCUGCAAAAAAUUAAAAAUCUCUUCAUUUUUCAGAUGGCGAGAACGACAAACCCUGUCCUCACGCUAUCAAAUGUCGGAAAAUGUCCGGACGACCAAAUUCACGGUGGUCAUCUCCUUGAUUCACGUCAUCGUCUACCUGAUUUACCUGUCCGGAACUCUUACCACACGUCUUCAUAAGGACUCUUUUGCCACCCCGGUCGAUUUCCAGGCCUUUCGAGGCGUUUUCUUUGUGGGUUCGAUUAUUUUCUUUUGAGGAAAAAUUUUCUUACGCUGUUGUGAAAUUUUGUGAAUUUGGGGACAAGUUGAGUGAAUUUUUAUUAAUUUCUUUUUACUUAAGAACUUUAUACUGAUCCCUAUAGGGUCUGACCCCUUUGCCCUUAAAGCUUAAGUGGUCCCUAUAGGGUUCGUUUGAUUUUUUUGAAAACAUGUUUUUUGUUAGUUUUCUCGCAUAAAGUUCAUAAAAACUAUCGACUAGCAUGUCCCCUACAAAGGCAACUAACUAAAACCCCUAUAGGGACCACUUUUUGCAAGAUGAAGUGGCCCCUAUAGGGUUGGUAAAAGAUGCUCCCUAGAGAGACCCCCAAGGGCCUUUAAGGUUGCCCCUACAUGGACCACUCUGGAGUUGCUAAGUAGUUUGAUCCAAAAUUUCUUCGAUAAGAGUCUAGUUCUGAUUUUUACGAGCCCCUUGAAGCUUUUUGUGGUUUUAAUAUUCAACAUUGAUAUUUUCUUAUCAUUCCAAGCAUUUUCGAACAACCGAAAACUUGCAGUUCGUGCCAGAUAUGUUCCUGUUCAUGGGUUGCAUGGCCCAGAGGCUUCUGGACAGUAUGCGGAUGGCCGAAACGAAGAGAAUCCGAACUUCCGUCGCGAUCCGAUUCAACGGCGUCGAAGGCGCCAACAACUACUUCCAAGCCAUUCAGAAGCAGUGGAACUCCAUUGAUUCUUGA